AUGGUAGUUCAGAGUGCCUCAGUUUCGUCUGUUCACACAGUCAACUCGCUGGAACAAGAAAAAAAUACGGAGACAAUGACGUAUAAGAACAAGCUUACUGUUUGUUUCGAUGACAUUCUGAAAGUUGGAGCAGAAAUGAUGAUGCAACAGCAAUCAAAAAACGUACAGUUGGACUCUUAUCUUGUUAAUGGUUUUAGUCACUCUCAGCAAAGAUUACUAAAAGAAAAAGUCAAAUUGUUCCAUGGGAUUCUGGAUGACUUGGAGACUUCUUUGAACCAGAGCUCUUCAUAUGUGAAUACUCUUACUAUGCUUGGAAAAGAGAAGGAAAAGGAAAGAGAGGAAGCUGAGAGAAGGAGGGCUGAAGAAGAGAAUUUGAGAAAAGUCAAAGAACAAGAUGAACUAAAAAAACUGCAAGUACUAGAGGAAACUUCCCAGCAGCAACAGUCAAAGGAAAAAAAUGGUCUUGGCCUAACCUUUGCCACAAAAACACCUGCGAACACAAUCGGUGCUAAUGAAACCAGGCAGAAUAACCAAGAACCUGAAUCUCUCCAACCACCUAUCCAAACACAAGUUGAAACUACAAAUGCUGCCAAUAACGGUGCUGCUUUUUCUCCUCUAGCUACCACUCAAACUCAAGGUCAACAGGGCCAACCUUCGGAUGCAAUGUUUAAUGAUUUAAAUUCCAUGGAUAUAUCAAUGUUUUCAGGGCUUGACAGUACGGCCUUCGACUCAACGGCCUUCAAUCCACCAGUGGGUGGAGCAAAAAGUCUUGAUGACAAUAACCUAGCUGACAACUAUAGUGAAAUGAAUAUUUCCCCCGUUGAAAACACUAACUCUAAUAAUAGUUCUAAUAGCAUCAAAAAUAGUAACGACAACAACAAUAACAACAACAACAACAACAAAACCAAUGAUAAUAGUGACAAUAACAAUAACCAUACUAACAUCAGCGUUAGCAAAAAUAAUAUCAAUGUCAGCAAGGACAAUACAAGUAAUAGCGGCAAUAAUAAUAGCAACAACAUAACAACUAAUGAUUUACCAACAGCAAAUGUCCCCAAUUCUGGAGAUAACCCCCCUCCGGCUGAAAACGGUGAGGAAUACUUGACAUUAAAUGAUUUUAAUGACUUAAAUAUCGAUUGGUCAACCACCGGAGAUAAUGGUGAAUUAGACCUUAGCGGCUUCAAUAUAUAG